GCCUGUUGGAGCCUUGAGGGAAGUUGAGGAACGCAGUCAAUAUUUUCCCAAGUUGGUGAUGAGUACCUGACGGAGGCGGUGCAGCAGACGGAAACAAUUGGGGGGGCCUCUCAGAAGACCACCACCGUCAGAAGAGCUUCCCCGUGACGAACAUGUUCCUCUGCCUCUUUAAAGCACUGUUGCGACAUGAAGCUGAAAGAUAACGUCACUGUUUACCUGUGAUGUGAAGUGGAUGCAUUCACGUGUACUGUGAAAGCGAUAUAUGGGAACCAGGUGUUGAGAGAUGGAGCAAGCGAGUCAGGAAUUGGCACGUACAGACCAGAUUCAGUUUACUAUUUCAUCACUGGGCGUUGGGGCGGUAUGGUCUCUUCUCCUUUACCAUGACCUGUAUUGUCCAGUGUUAGUACAGGAGGGAAACCAGAGGAAGGAAAGUAUGAUGCUGUUUGUUAGUGAGGGUCGUACUUCUGGAUAACACCCUUCCCACGGGCCAAGACUACUACUUCAGUACUCGAAUCCAUAAAGAUGGGUUUGUUUGCUGGUGUGAUUCGUGUGUGGAGUAUGGUGGUGUGGAGGUGCCGCGUGCUCAUCGUCUGUGCCAGCAUCACCCUGGUCUUUCACAAUUUACUCCUGAGUAUGGAUCAUCUCGACAAUAAGAAAACUGAAGAAGACCGCGUUGUCAGCGUCACCAUCCCUCCGUCAUUAAUAGGAUGGCCUCGGCACCGACAGGGGGGUGAGGGGAGGUCCUGUACAUCCCAGAGUAACAUUGCCUUUCUCAAGACCCACAAAUGCGCCUCCUCCGCUGUCCAGAACAUCCUCUUCCGGUAUGGGCUGUCCCACGACCUGCGAUUCGCCUUCCCACACCCCAAAGUCAACUAUUUCGGAGAUGGCAGAAUUCCUUUUCAUGCUGAUAUGUUGAAGGCUACACCAUGGUCUAAUAAUAUUACCAUAAACAUCUUUGCCAUCCACACCAAAUGGAACCACCAGCAGGUGCAGCAGGUAAUGCCACGGGACACCAUCUUCUUCACCAUAGUAAGGGAGCCAGUGGAGCAGUUUAUCUCUCUCUUCACCUACUACGAGUUACAGAAGAAGACUAGGAUGACCCUGGAGCAGUACAUUGAGAAGAAGGAGGUCUAUGGGCGGAGGUGGCGUGGCUAUUUGGGUUUCAAUCAGAUGGUAUGGGACUUUGGUAUUCGCCCCCACCACCUGAACAACCUCACCGCUGUCAGUGAACUGGUGCAGAUGGCUGAUAAGCAGUUCCACUUGGUGAUGGUGGCAGACAGGAUGGAGGAGUCACUGGUGCUACUCAGUCACUUACUAUGCUGGGACCUUCAACACCUUUUAGUGCUGAAGUUAAAUGGCUGCAGUGAUUCGCUGAAAUUGAACAUCAGUGAUGAAUCACGGAGGAAACUGCAAGAAAAGCUCUCGCCAGACUACCUGCUAUACCGGCACUUUGCCAAGAAACUAGAUCAGUUUAUUGAAGACUUUGGAAGGGAGCGGAUGGCCCAGGAGGUAACCAGGCUGCGUCAGCUAACUCAGGAGCUGAUUACUACCUGCCAGUUUGUAAAGAAACAGAAAGAGGUUGUUGUCUAUGUUCCCAUCUCCAGUGCCACGUGUCAUUAUUAUGUUGAAGAUGAGUUAUUGUUUAUUAAAUACUUGAGGGAGCGGCAGUUUAUGGAGGUCUACCACAGUGGCUACCAUCAGUGAAAACGAGGAGUAAAUGCAGGCAAGUUCAGAGUGUGUUCCAUCUUUAGGUGCAACCAAGUUGUCAAGGCAAAGGAAUGAUUUGAUGGGAAAACUUUGGAACACAUGCCGAGUGAUCUGGACUGAAGGAUCAGAACCAGUGUAUUGUGCCACUCAACACCCUGAUAAUUCAAGAGGCAUGAUCAUUGUUUGAGGAUGUGAAAACUGAACAAGAGUUUGCAGUUCAAAACUUUUGGUGCUGGAGUGGUUUCAGAAGUUCAAGGUGCAACACAGGCUGCAUAAUGUCAUUGUGUGGGGAAGCUGCAAGUGUGGCUAGGAAAUGAAUCCCUUCUAGAUUUGAUGAAAAUCAAGUGAGAGGAAGGUACAAGUGACCUGCAAGACUGUAGCACAAAACCACCCUGUAGCAGAGCAUGCCUUAUCCAGGGGAGCAAAAGUGUUCUAAUGGCAGAUGCUUCAUACUGUUCAACCAAGGUACAAAAAGAUAACAUCUCUUCAUUCCUGCCAUGCAACUCCUCAGUAGCUGUGGGCUAAUCUCUCCAAACUACAUACUGUAUGUACUUAUAGUUUGCAUAUAGUAAGAUGAUACUCUUACCAUAUGCAAGUUUUAGUUUUAUUAUAUUGUAUACUGUAUAUAUAUUGGCUUGUUUUCUAUCAUAUGUGAAUAUUUCCAACAAUUAAAUUAUUAUUUUUUACAAGUCAUAUUUUUUGAGGUAGGGAGGAUCUUCAAGAACUUAGCUCCUUUUUGUCAUACAAAGUUAGUUUUGAUAAAGUUCCAUAAACCUAGAGGUCCUUUCAUAUCAAACAUCAGCAAGGGAUUACUGUAUAUCAAUAUAAUAGUGACUUGUAUUAUAUCUGAAGCUCACCAUUUCUCUUCCUCAUAAGUGGAGUCUGGACCUUGGAUAUCUGUAACAGAGAUAUCAAUACCGGAGUCAAGGGCAGCAGGAGCUUCUUUCUUCUCAACCAACACUUGAGCUUCAGCACCUGCGUUUUCCUCUAGGAUCUCUUCCCCGCGAAGAAUAGCCAAGAUCUGUUGACAAUUUCUCAUUAGAAAAGUGGAGUACGUACACACACACACACACACACAGUUACUUGAUCUAUCAACUUCAGCAACCUAAUCAUACUGUCAUCUCAUCAUGGGUAUAUAGUUACUAAACAUGUAACAAAAAACAAGUUCGAGGAAAAUCAAAUACAUUAAUCUCCUUGUUAGGCAAAAUCUUUGGUCCCUGGUUUUCUCCACUAGCUGGAAAUCCAUUCUGGUCCCGGGAAUUAGUUUCAUAGGAUAAAAUCAGGCACAUUUUCUGGAAAACACAAACAAGAGAA